CAAUAUAGAUAAACCAUCCUCAUCCUAAAGUGAUGCUUUAUUUGAUGAAAUCAUAAUCAAUAAAUGUUUGACUACCUUUGAACUGAAAGACCAAUAAAAUGUUGGCAUCAUUUAGUGAUAGGAGGCCGAAGUCGAUACUAUAUUAAUAUAUUUUUUCUUGGACUUUAAAUAAUGACGGAUCGACACGUUCUCCCUGGUCAACACUGGUACGAAGGUGUUUUAUUUUUUGGAUACAGUCCACCAGACAUUCUUGAUGCUGUAAAACAUUUUGAAGUUCGUGACGACGAUGUUUUUAUUGUAACUUAUCCAAAAGCAGGUACAACAUGGAUGCAAGAAAUAGUAUGGUUAAUUCUCAGUGAUGGGGACUUUGAAAGAGCGUCGAAACAACAGGUUUACUUCCGGUCUCCUUUCUUAGAAUUCAAAGAUGAUAUUUUGAAUGAAGUUGGACUAGAUUUGGCGAAUCCCAUGCCAUCGCCAAGAGUUAUUAAAACGCAUCUUCCAGUAAAACUUGCACCUACCCAACUAUGUCAAAAAGAAUGUAAGGUGGUAGUUAUGUUUCGGAAUCCAAAAGAUCUCUGUGUCUCAUACUAUCAUUUCUACAGAUCAAGCUCUUCUUUCGGAAAUUUUAAGGGCACAUGGACCGAAUUCGUAGACAUGUUUAAAGAUGGGCAUGUUGAUCAUGGAUCAUGGUUUGAUUUUACACGUAGCUGGUGGAACAUGCGACACCAUGAUAAUGUGUAUAUUGUAUUCUAUGAGGAUAUGAAAAGGAACCUAAAAAAAGAAAUAGUGAAAAUUUGCGAUUUUCUUGGAAAACAACUCGACGACAAAACUUUAGAACGCAUCAGUGAUAAUUGCUCCUUUGAGAGCAUGCGUAAUAAUCCAAUGACCAAUCAUUUAGAUGUUUACUCGAUUGAUAGCAAAAUAUCGCCAUUACUACGGAAAGGUACUGUUGGCGACUGGAAGAACCAUUUUACAGUACAACAAAAUGAAGACUUUGAUAAAUUUUAUCAAUCGCGCAUGGACGAGUUCAAUAUCCCAUUCCAGUAUGAGCUUUGAAAUGCAUCGCACAAUGCAUGGUGUUCUUUCCAAAUAAUAGGAUUAUUAGAAGUUAAAAUAAACCAAGAGUUUUAGAGCAUCUUUUUUUAAUUGUUUUUUUUUAACAAGCGUUGUCAGUUUUGGUAACUGCUUUAUUUCGUCCGUCUGAAACAAAUAGAGGCAUCAAAUUAUACAUCAUCCUUAGUUUAAACGAUUUACUGCAACAUUAUUUGAACUAUGCAAACAUUUUGAAGGAGUUCGCCUCCGUUUAAGUAAUAUUUGAAUGAUUUAUUCUCAAGUUCUCAUGCUUGAAAUCAAA